CGGAAGCGAAUAUGUUGUGUUUUGCCAGAGCUGCUCUGGGUUAUUGACGAGCCGCAUCGACGUUAAAUGUCCUUUUGCAUGCUAUGCUAGAGCGAUGUCUAAUGUUUUUUCUUACGAACGCCCGAUACGAUAGACACGUUUUACGCGGUGAGAGAACCUGUUACAUUUUAUUGUUGCAUUUAUGCUUCUCUUGCUAGCAUCACAAAAGCUAGCUUGUGACGUCGUUAGCUAGCAGGCGCUGCACAGCGUGUUUUGUUUUGUUUUAUGGUACAUGUUUUACAUGUUGGACGGCAGGGAUGAGACACGCAUUGGUAACUGCGAGAACAACCACCCGCUGGCGGUGAUUCGGGGUGGCGAUGGGCUGAGCAACGUUGGACCGAGGCUGGCGAACCUGAAGAAAGGCGGCAAGAAGAGGCAGCAGCUUCGGUCGACGGCGGCGCCGCUGCAUCACCAAAACCCAGCAAGAAGCGCCCACUUGUCAGACAACAACAACAACAACAACUCCCUGCCCCCCUCGUCUGAUCCCAAAGCUGCAGCCCAACCUGGCUCCCACCUGCCUGUCCGAACUCAAGGCGUCAUUAUGACCCGACAUCUUUUGAAACAGGAAACAAAGAAAGAGCUGCCGAAAUCCAAAUGUGGCCGACUGGAGCGAGGACCCGUUCAGCCAGUGGGUCCGGCAGUCCGCGCUUUACUAAAACACGAGCAGAUCAACGCCGGUUGCCACGGAAGCAUCCGCCGACACAACCCGGGCCAAACCCCGCCAAAACGAAGCGGGAAAAGCGGCCCAAACAAGCCUCAGUCUCAUCCGCAGCAGAACAAUGUAAAGAAGGCACCGCCUCCGGAUGCCAUGGCCGAACACCUCAAAGACGGUGAGAAGGUCUACGCCGGGGCCAAGUUCAGCGAGCCGCCCUCACCGAGCGUCUUACCCAAGCCACCAAGCCACUGGGUCGGGGAGGACGGGCCGCAGCGGAGGAACCAAAGUCGAGAGCUGAUGACGGUCCACUUAAAGUCGCUGUUAAAGGUUCAGGAUCAGGUGUGACCGCUCUCUUUUUUUGGUUUUCUUCCGGACGCCGUGCGUGAGGACCCUCGGUCACAUGGUGGUCCCUCUGUUUGGACUAACAUGUUUGCGUGAUGCACCUGAUGCACUUUUUCUACCACUCAAUGUACAUAAUAUUUUUGUGUAUUCCCAUUUGAGAGAUUCUAGUUUUGUUACUGAGUAUUUUUUUCCCCCGCAAGGGGAAAGACAAAUCCCGACUGAUGAAAUGAUGGCUCCCGCUGAGCAGUCGACUCCUGCUGGCGUGGAGUUCCAGGAGCACGCACAUUAUGGACUAACUGAAGGCUGCUCGCUGGUCAGACGCAACUGUGUCGGUGAUGAGGCUCCUCGGUAGAAGAUGUGAAACAUUCACGAACCAUUAGAAGCACUUCCAGGCAAGACAAUGAGUGGCCGUGCGCAAAGACGGAACACACUGCAAUCAUGAAGACAACAGAAAAGACCUCACCUCCGACCAAUCAUUCUGGUGUUCCUUUUACGAUGAACGUUUCAACUUUAUUUUGUUUUGUUUAGUCAAAUAACAAACUUGUGGGACGUGUCAUCAUCACAAUCUCUUUUAGAUGAUCAUGAGGACAGAAUGAAGCCAUCCUCUCGUCUUACUCGGAAGAGAACCUUUUUAAUGCUUUUGGUUGUGUAUGUAAUGUCAACAUGAUCAUGUUCUUGAUGGCUGUAAGUCCACACGAAGCUGCUAUGGAGAUGAUGAUGAGGAUGCCUGGUCCAAGCCAUGUGACUGCACUCAGGGCGAUAACGAACAUCAACACUCCUUCAAAAUAUUCAACAAAGUAUUUUAUAACUACAUUGUGACAAUAAAGGAUUAGUUACCAAAAUAA